AUGGCGACCGGCUCUGUUUUCCUGUCCAGCAUGGUGGGUAAAGCUCGUUCCUCCAACUUUACCCUCUCUGAGAAGCUGGACCUACUGAAGCUGGUCCGCCCUCAUGUGCGCAUCCUGGAGGAGCACACCAACAAACAUGCAGUCAUCGUGGACAAGAACAAGUGCUGGGACACCGUGGCAGAGCAGUACAAUGCCCUUGGUGGGGACAGACCUCCCCGUACCGCUCAGGGCCUGAGGACCCUGUACAAGAGGCUGAAGGAGUCAGCUAAGCAGGAAGUGAUGCAGAGAAGACAUGCCCAGCCGGAGUACCGGGGAAGCAUCUCUGAGCCAACCAGGAGAGUGAUGGAGAUGAUCCCUCACCUGUUCCACCAUGUGCCCAUACAUGAUAAAGACCAGGCUUUGCGCAGGUUGAUUUACAACAAGCGUAACUCUCCAAUUGAACAUCCUGGCAGCAGCUCCUCUCUGCCUGGGCUCCAGGAGUAUCAACCAGCAGUCCCCAUCAUCCCCCAUGAGGUGGUCCAGCUGGACGGAGAAGAGGACGUUAAACCCCCACCAGACCUGUCUAACCUCUCCACACACAUACACCCUGUGCUGGAGGGUGGUCAGCUUGGGUGCGAGGCAGAGCAGGACUUGAGCAGUGUCCACGAUUACGAUCCCUCGCUGUCUCCCGCCGCAUCCUCUGUCAACAUCCCCCUCUCCUCUUCUCCGCUGGCUGUACGGCAUGACUUUUACCCCAACGACAUCUACCCUCACCAUGAGCCCAGCAGGAUCCGUCCCUUGCACCUGGCCAAGGAGGAGCACGAGCUGGUGCUGGCCAAUCAUAGGAAGGUGGGAAUCUAUCUGGAAGAGAAGAGGGAGGGGCUGAAGAGGAAGCAAGAGCUGGAGGAGGAGCUUCUGCGAGCCAAGAUCAAAGUGGAGAAACUGAAGGCUGCCAGACUCAGACAUGGGCUGCCGCCCCCUCUAUAA